AAACAUUUACAAAAUGCCCAUUUUAACUCUCAAGUCGCGGCAAUUGAUAAUAUUUAGAAAUCCCGCGUUCUACUCUCACGCGAUCUGAAAAGGCCCGAGAGAAAAAGGUAUCGGUAAAACGCCUCGCUCGUAUACCCUCUGCUCGCUCGUUCCAAACGACCUUCCUUAGCGGCGCUAGGUCAUCACGCCACAGCAGUUGAAAGACGCUUUUUCAUAACGACAUCUCUGAUGUUUGAGAAGAAUUGGUUUCGCGAACUCUUACUUCUACCGGGUAGCUUUUGUACGGACUAGUUCCUCCCCAGCCAGUUGGGACAGCGCAUGGACGCCAACGUGGUCAAGUUUGUUCCUCAGUUUUCUUGAGAUUUUACAUUUACCUUGUCGAAUAUACCGGUCGAAUAACUCCAACGAGGGACGAUAAGAUGGAGCAGAUACUGGAGAAGCUGCUUGUUGCAGACAACGUGACCAUAAAACAGGGGACAAACGAACUGAGGGAUGCUUUCAAAAAACCAGAAUGCAUAAGUUCCCUUGUCGCAGUGGUGGUGAAUUCGCCAAAUCCUCAGAUAAGGCAGUAUGCGGCUGUUCUAAUGCGAAAACGUCUUAGCAAAGGGAAGCAUUGGUCUCAGCUUUCCGCUGAUAUCAAGGCUUCCUUCAAAGACGUGAUGCUGAAGAGGCUUUUGAGUGAACCUGAAUCAUCCGUACGAAACUCAAUUGCCCAGCUGAUCGGGACAGUAAUUAAACACGAACUCGCUAGCAAUGGCUGGCCAGAGGUGCUGCAAUUCGUUCAGCAAUCUGUAACCAGUGAAAAUCUAGCAGAUAAAGAGAUCGGCAUGUACACUUUGUCCACAAUGACUGAGGUGGCAGCCCAUGCGUAUCUUCCGCAUGCCCAGUCACUCGCUUUCCUUUUAGGAAAUACACUUAACGGACUGCAGGAUCUUGGACAUCCUGUCGCUUACUAUGUCCUGCUGACUCUGAUGCACCUGGUGCCUCUCAUUGAGGGGAAUCAAGCAAUGGUGAAUGCCUAUCAUCAAAUGAUGCCUAGAAUUAUCAUGACAAUUCAGGCCCUUGCCAGCACUAAUGAAGAGCAUGCAAUUGACGCUUUCGAGCUACUCGAUGAACUUUGCGAAAAAGCCAUGGACGUUAUAGCUCCUCAUGUCAAGGCACUCGUCAAUCUUUGUCUUACUUUCGGUGCCAACAAAUCGCUCGACGAUACGCUCAGGGUGAAGGCGGUCGGGUUCAUGGGCUGGUUGGCGAAGACCAAGAAAAAGGCCCUCGUUAAGCACAAAUUGGUCGAGCCGGUGAUAGAUAUGCUUUUCCAUUUGAUGGCUGAACCGCCAACCGACGAAACUGACGAGGCGUACUUUUGCGACAACGUAGACGACAGUACACCCAUGACUUGCGCUACCCAGACCCUCGAUCUUCUCGCGCUUCACUUACCCCCGGAAAAGUUGAUCCCCCACGUCCUCCGUCACGUUGAACCCGGGUUUCAGGGCACAAACAUUUAUUCAAAAAAAGCUUCAUACCUAGCGAUGGCAGUCCUUGCCGAAGGAUGUUCCGAGUUCAUCAGAUCGAAGUAUCUAGAGUCAUUCCUGCGGUGUAUCUGUGGCGGCAUCACAAGCCCCGAGCCGGUGGUCAGAAAUGCAGCGUUGUUCGCGCUGGGGCAGUUCGCCGAACAUCUUCAACCUGAAAUCAGUAACUACGCGUCCGAGCUUUUACCAGUGCUUUUUGAAUAUCUUGGACACGUCUGUUCACAAAUGCAGUUACAGAACAACAAGUCACCUCCGGUCGAUAGGAUGUUUUACGCGCUCGAAGUGUUUUGUGAAAAUCUUAACGAGGGCCUUUUACCUUAUCUUCCCAUUCUGAUGGAGUGUUUAUUCAAAGCUCUUCAAACCCCGAACGCCGAUGUCCAUGUCCGAGAAUUAGCACUGAGCGCUAUCGGCGCCGCUGCCAAUGCUAGCAAGGAAAAUAUGCUUCCCUAUUUUCAAACCAUCGUUGAAAAUCUGAGAGGAUACCUCACGGAGAAGCAAAGCACGGAAACUAUGUGUCUCCAAAUUCAAGCCGUUGAUACGUUGGGAGUAUUGGCUAGGACGAUUGGCGACGAACACUUUGCCCCACUGGCUGAAGAAUCCCUGAAUCUCGGUAUGAAAUUAAUGACUGAAAACAACGAUCCGGAUUUGAAGAAAUGUGUCUACGGUCUGUUCGCUUCGAUCAGUACGGUGAUGAAGGAAACCCUAGCACCCGUUUUACCUCAAAUCGUCGAACCGAUGAUCAACAGUAUACAGAGUGCGGAAGGAAUUGUGCCUCACUUCAAGGACGACGAAAGCACCGCUUUUCCGGUUUAUGAAGACGCAAGUGAGACAGAUGAAGAGGAGGAUAUAGAGAACACGGACAACGAAGACGAUGAUGAUGACGUAGCCGGAUACGUAGUGGAGAAUUCUUACGUAGAGGAAAAAGAGGAAGCCAUUUUGGCACUCAAAGAAAUCGCCCGAAAUACUGGAGAGGCGUAUCUGCCGUACCUCGAAAAAUCGUUCGAAGAAAUAUUCAAAGUAAUCAAUUAUCCACAAGAGGAUAUCCGCAAGGCAGCUAUCGAAGCGUUGUUAGAGUUUUGCCUUAGUUUUUCAAAAAUUAACACCAACGAAGGAAAAAAUGCUACGCAAAAAGCGCUUUCAGUUUUUGUACCAAAACUAGCGGAACUCGUUCGGUUGGACGGGGAAUGCGUAGUGGCUAUAUCUGCCCUUGACGCGUUCUCGGAACUACUCAAAGAACUCAAAUCCGACGUCUUGAUUCAAGAUGGACACAAAGACGCCAUCAUUAAUUGCAUCACGGACGUUAUGACGGCUAAAACCGAAUGUCAGGAUCAGGAAGAGAUCGAAGGAGAUGAAACCGAAGCCGAACAAGAUGAGUUAUUAAUCGAAUGUGCAGGAGACGUUUUACCAAGUUUCGGAAAAGCAAUGAAUCCGGAAGAUUUCCUUCUCUAUUUCCAAGCACUUUUGCCGCUUUUCUUAGCAAAAUUGCAAAAGAACAGAACGGAGGCCCAAAGGUCCUUCGCUAUCGGUACGAUCUCAGAGUGUAUUUCAGCCCUGGGACCGACAGUCGCCACUUUCGUUCCUCAGCUUCUUCCGAGGCUUCUGAAAUUGGCGAUCGAUUCGGACGCGGAAGUCCGAAACAACGCGAUCUACGGAAUCGGGGAGCUCGCUCUUCAUGGGAAAGACGCCGUCUAUCCACAUUACCCGGAGAUUCUGCAGACGCUGUCGACUGCCAUCAUGACCGAGACACACGGAGGAACGCGCGACAAUAUCGUCGGAGCGAUCGCCCGACUUAUUUUAACUAAUCACACGAUCAUACCUUUGGAACAGGUCUUCGUGGUGUUUGUUGCUCAUCUGCCCCUCAGGGAAGACUUCGAGGAAAACAAGGCGGUCUUCAAGAGCAUCAUGCUUCUCUACGAGAACGGUCACGAUGUCAUCAAAAGUCACAUUCCCGAACUGCUGAAGGUCGCCGUCAGCGUCAUCCACGAGGGCAGGGCUUCCGACGACGAAUCGAAGGAGAUCGUCACGAAAUUUCUUAGGGUAUCCCAGGCAGAUUUUCCGAGUCAAUGGAACGACCUUUUGGCAAAUCUUCCCCCAGAAGUGAGAACGCAUUUUCAAUAAAAAAAAAAAAAAAAACACGAACCCGCCUCAACGAAUAUUAUUUAUUACAAAAAUCAGACCAGCCUUACUCGUUGUAUCAACAGCCACUUGAUUUGUUAUUUGUUCCUUUUGUUCUCAUCCGAAAAAAAAAAAAAAAUGAGAUACCGAAUGGUGAGUCGUGUGCCUUCUGUGUCGGAAUUAAAAUUUCAUAGACCGUCGAUUCGUAAAUUGA